CGAAAAAAGACGACCAUUAAGAAGCUACACACUGAACGAAGCUGAAACUUUAAUACACUAAAGAAAUAACCCUCUUCCAAACCAUGGUACCUUCUUACCCAUCUUCAGGCUGAUCGGGGUGGACACCAGACGCUGGAGUAACAAUGGCUGUGCGGCUGAUCAUGAGCGCACCCAGCCACACACACCCAACGCGACAUCCCUGGAAACAAGCAACAACCUCGAAGUUCUUGAUGGCUGCUCCGACAAGUUCUCCUAGACCAGCAACGGCCAACAAUACCGAUCGUCUGGCUAACGACGUUGCGCGGCUUCGUCGCGAACUCUCAUCUCUUCAAUCAUCGCGCUCGCGACUCAUUGCGGAUGUUGCAGCCGCGAACGCAGCGCGGACCAUUGCAAGGUCUGCGGUGGGUAAUGCUGAGGGCUCACCGGACGGUGACGACGAUGCGAUUUUUUCGCGUCUUUUGAACGAUGGGAAGAAGAGUGAGGCACGAUGUGUGGAGAACUUGCGAAGAAUGAGCGGGUUGACUGUAUUCAAACUACGAUCGCCGAAUCCGACCAUGGGCAAGAAGAGAAAGCGAGACGGAGAGGGUGAGGAGCUAAUUGGUCUGCGGAUUGAAGUGUUUACGCAAGCCAAGUUUACUGCGCCGCACUAUCUCAUUCUUCGACCAACAUCCACAUCAACAUCGGCGUCAUUAUCCCUUGAGGUAUACAAACAUACCGUUCCGGCCUUCAUUCCGCUCGCCGCUCUCGCAAAACGAUGGUUGAACCACGAUCUCUCUAUCUUUGCACGUGAACUGAGGGGACAAAUUCUGGCACACGCACUCCGCGAGUCUGCAAUCCGGUCCUUGGAGGGAGCUGAAGGUGUUAAUGAACUGAGAACUGAUGCUGCCUCGUCGCUGGUGCAGUUCAGGUUGACUGCUGGUGGGUCAGAUGAAGGAGGAGAGCGAGUGGAAAUGAAGAUACAUGGCGUGUUUGGAGAGUGGGAUCUGGUGAAUUGUGUGGUUCUGGAAAACAGCCGACGAAGAAGAGACCUCGAGAAGGUGUUGGUCGUGAGGGAGCGAGCGGACGAGAUACCAGCAUUGUCGCUCAAGGAACGAGUUGUGAUGUGCAGAACGUUGUGAUUGGAGCGGGGCUCUAUCAUAGUUCAAUAUACCAACAGGCAGGGGAGGAUUUGCUCGGCGUUUUUGCUAUUUUUGGCAGUUCAAGAUUCAAGAAUUCGAGAUUUAAAGCAUGAC